GACCGUCAGAACAUUGCCUGUCGUGGUCUAGAAAAUAAACGACGGGUUUGUUUUGCUAUCUAAAAGUUGAUUACAUUUUUCUUCAUAUAUUGAUAUUGUUGAUCGGGCAGUCAUGUCUGGACGGGACGCCCUCAACAUGAAGCAACCGCCGAUCCAGUCCACGGCUGGCGCUGUGCCGAUUCGAAAUGAGAAAGGUGAGUUUUCCUGUAACUAACUCAAGCUAUCCUGCACCAGCUGGUAGCCGAUUUCAUUAUGGUAGCAAUAGCUAGCCAUCCAAGUACAACACUUUUUUGUAACUUAGGUAGUUAAUAUUACAUAUCGCUAUAUAAUUGCUUGCAGCAUACCUUAAUAGUGUGUAUGGACAAACUUUUUGUCUGCCUCUAGAUAUCAAAAUAACACAACAUUCCAUGCCCGGCCUUAUCCAUGUUUCAGUCCAUGCGCCACCAGCUAAACCAAAACUACAGUAUAUACAACUUAACUUCACCACAUGUAACAUAGUAAAUAGAGCCAUCUAUGAUAAUGGAAAGUUCAUGUUAACUAAGUGUGCUCCCCAACUUUCCCUCCCAGGUGAGAUUUCGAUGGAGAAGGUGAAGGUGAAGCGCUAUGUGUCGGGUAAACGUCCCGACUAUGCUCCCAUGGACUCCUCUGACGAGGAGGAGGAGGACUUCCAGUUUAUAAAAAAGGCAAAGGAUGCCGAGCCUGAGAUGGAGAUGGAGGAAGAGGUGGUGUCUGACCCACGUCUCAAACGUCUGCUAAACCGCGUCUCUGAGGAUGUGGAGGAGAGGUGAAGAUACUUCUCAUCGGUUCAUCUUGUAAACCAGUGGCAUCCUGUGUUGGUUGUGAUGGCUCCCAGUCCCAACUUCAUUGAGCUGAACUUUAUUUGUCAGUGGACACCCAUAGUUGGGUGAGGGGUUGUUAAAAAAAUCUCUGCACAUAUUGUGGGUUUUCAGGAUUUUGAAUACUAUGAAUGAUUGAUUUAUUUUUCUUGGGCUUUGAUCUCUAAACCAUUUAGUCCUAACUAUUAGCCCUACUGGAUGUUGAGCGCUGUGAUGAUUGUAAAUGUUUCUUUCUCUCUCUCUCAGGUUGGCGAGACACAGACAGAUCGCAGAACCGGAGGUGGUUGCAGAGAGCAGUGAGGACUCCGACGAGGGAACCUGGCACCCGGAGAGAGCACCCGAAGAGAGCAGUGACGAAGAGGAGGAGGAAGAGGAAGAAGUGGACGAUGAGGUGAGUGGCACAAGGAUUUUCUUGGAAAGCUGGAUCAGGUCCCCCUCUUAUUCAUUAAGAUUUAAAAGACCAAACUGAUCUUGGAACAUCUCUCCUACUCUGAGAUGCUUUGGGAAGAUGGUCCCAGGUGUUUAAUAUGGAUUGUUAUGAAAGAUACCCUGUAUGUAACACAUUGACUUUGUCUGCAGGAAAUCGAGAGGCGGCGAGCGAUGAUGCGCCAGCGAGCGCAGGAGCGGAAGAACGAGGACAUGCCAGAGAUCAUGGAGGUGGAGGAAGAAGGGAAUUCGGGCGCGGAGAAGGAGGAGUCGGAGUCAGAGUACGAGGAGUACACGGACAGUGAAGAUGAGGCAGAGCCGCGGCUAAAACCAGUGUUCAUCCGCAAGUAAGGAGUCCUGCCAUCCAAGAUCACUCCCGAACCAUUAUCAGGACUUAAUAUAAUUUAUUUUAUAGAAUGUAAUAACUUUAUUUUUCUAAAGGAAACUAUGGUCGUGGCCUUGGGAUUAGACAAUACAAAACAGCCAAAUGUAUACAUGACUGAUGCAAAUACAUUAGGCUCUAUACGAGAAACACCAUUUUCAUUUACAAGCCAGUACAAAACUUAUCAGCUCUUAUACUGUUUUAUACUGCAUGCAUCAGUUUGUGUAUACAUGCUGUCCUGUUAUCAUAUGAACUGAGUAUGUUCACGGAACAAAUUGAUUGUGUUGCAGCGUUUGUGUGCCGAGUGAAAGAAGUCGAUUUUGGUGUGUGUCUCUCCUCAGGAAGGACCGAGUGACAGUGGCGGAGCGCGAGGCGGAAGAGCUCAAACAGCGGGAGCUGGAGGCGGAGGCCAAGAAGCAGGUGGAGGACCGCCGGCGCUACACCCUGAAGAUCGUGGAGGAGGAGGCCAAGAAGGAGUUUGAGGAGAACCGCCGCACUCUGGCCGCUCUCGACACCCUGGACACAGACGGGGAGAACGAGGAGGAGGAGUACGAGGCGUGGAAGGUCCGGGAGCUCAAACGCAUCAAGAGGGACCGGGAGGCCCGUGAAGCGUGAGUACAGUCAGACUUAAAUAUGAACCAUGGUGGUGUUCACUAGGCACAAAAUGAAAAUAGAUCUGAAACGGGCAAGUACUAUCUUAACUUGUCCAAUAAGAAACACUCGUUUUCAUUUUUUUGUUGCGCAAAGUUUUGAAACGUUUUGCUACAGUGUGCCCUAAAGUGCCCCAUGGUGGUGGUACAUUUAAUUGUGCAGCACGUUUUAAGCCAUUCAAAGCAAUUUACAGGCAAGUGCAUAAGAGAGGUACAUAUUCAGACAGUCUUGGAUGACAAUGGAAGUAGACAAAAAUGCUUCUCAAUUAUUAAAACCAACACGCUUCUGCAUGUUGCCUUCAUCAGAAAUACUUCACAUUACUAUUGAAAGCUGGUGUUGUUCCCUCGCAGUCAAAAAGACUUGCAUCUUUGUAUUAUAGUAUUUGAUUAUUGUAUGUAUGAUCUGUACACUAUUAGUGUUUGACCCAUGUUAAUAAUUACUGGUCCAGAGUUAAUUAUAUUGAUACAGGCCUUUGCUGUCCAUGUAACCUACUUGCCUUGUGUCGGAUUUUCCAGAAUGGAGAAAGAGAAGUCUGAGAUUGAGAGGUUCCACAGCCUCACCGAGGAGGAGCGCAGGGCCGAGCUGCGUAACAACGGCAAACAGAUCACAAACAAGGCCUCAAAGGGCAAAUACAAGUUCCUCCAGAAGUACUACCACAGAGGAGCCUUCUUCAUGGUGAGUUUGCUGUAGACACUGGGGUUCAGAGAACGCAAUACAGUGCAUUCUUAUAAGAAACACACCACCCUCAGAUUAUAUGUUGCUGAUGAGUGAUUGUUAUAAUUGUAGGAGAAAGUGUAAGUAUAGGAGUGAACUGUCCCACGUUUGUUAACCGCUACAAGUGUUAGAUUGUUGUAUGAGUGAUUCUUAUAAGCAGUGUGUGGACUGUUGUAGAAUAUUCAGGGAUGUGAUUCCUGCUUUUCUGACGUUAUCCUCCAUUCAUAUAAUUGAAACUUGGUAAAGAUGUAUUAUUUUUUCUGAAUAGCUUGUCUUGGCUUUGAUAUUGGCUAAAUGCUGAAUGUGAUCUGUUUCCAGGACGAAGAGGAGAAUGUGUUCAAGAGAGACUUCAGCGCCCCUACUCUGGAGGACCACUUCAACAAAACCAUCCUCCCCAAAGUCAUGCAGGUCAGCUGGACUUCUUUCAAUCAUCACGUUGCAUACAUAGUACUUCUGUAACACAUGUAUCCCCUAUGUUUAUGUAUUAUAAAUGUACACUAUUGAUGUAAACAGAAAAUUCAGACUGUUUUUGAACCCAGUGUAUUGGCAACCCCUGUGCACCAAUUUCUUUCAUUUAUAGUGGCUAUACAGAAUGUUUGCUUCUGGAGCUGCUCUUGAGACAAAAUGAUCUAAAUGGACAGAUAGUAUCCAGAAACUACCUCAAACUAUGGAUGCGUGUGGUUUCAUGACAUAAGAAAUUAUACAAUUGUAUAUGAACCAUACAGCCAACAAUCAAUCCGAAAUGUGACGUCAACAAUUAGUGCAUCUUUAACAACCCCCUCAUUUAAUUCUAGGUCAAGAACUUUGGUCGCUCCGGACGCACUAAGUACACCCACCUGGUGGACCAGGACACCACAUCGUUCGACUCAGCCUGGGCUCAGGAGAGCGCUCAGAACAGCAAGUUCUUCAAGCAGAAGGCUGCAGGAGUGAGAGACGUGUUUGACCGGCCAACAGUGCAAAAGAGGAAGACCUGA